UGGGUGGGUAGGUGGGCCCUGGGCAACAACUGAUGGCACAAAGUUGCCACCAACGGCAGUAGUUGGUCUGGGAUUUCAACGAGCACGAACAGCGGCGCCGCGCGUUCGUUCCUCCCUUCGCUUUCGAAUCUCCUGGCGCAGGUGCGCAUGGUAUGGCCGGCAUGAUCAGCUUGCGCACCGGCCCGAGGAGUUCGCCGGCACUUCCUCGGCUGUCGUCUGCUCGGCCACCACAAGUUGCAGUUCGUUUUACAAGCCCGCUGUUUCGUUGUGCCAAACUUUGUAAGAGCCGUAAUCUACUGGCAGCAGCACUGGAGGUCUCUAAGGACGGGCCCUCCGCGGUUCUGGCCAAUACCCUGCCUUCUGAAGGGGCUAUUGAGACAUUGCGGAAUGCUGAUGCGGUAUGUUUCGAUGUCGAUAGCACCGUCAUCCUGGAUGAGGGCAUUGACGAGCUUGCUGAUUUCUGUGGGGCAGGGAAAGCUGUUGCUGAAUGGACAGCAAAGGCCAUGACAGGGACUGUUCCAUUUGAGGAGGCGCUGGCAGCCAGGCUGUCUUUAAUCAAGCCAUCUCUCUCCCAGGUGGAGGAAUGCCUGGAGAAGAGGCCACCAAGGAUUUCUCCUGGAAUGGCUGAUUUAGUUAAGAAGCUAAAAUCCAAUAAUAUUGAUGUGUUCCUUGUGUCAGGAGGCUUCCGACAAAUGAUCAAGCCUGUGGCAUUUCAGCUUGGUAUUCCUCCUGAAAACAUCACUGCAAACCAAUUGUUAUUUGGCACUUCGGGGGAGUAUGCUGGAUUUGAUCCCACAGAGCCCACUUCACGCAGUGGGGGUAAAGCAAAAGCAGUGCAGAAAAUAAAACAGGACCAUGGCUACAAGACAGUUGUUAUGAUUGGUGAUGGUGCAACUGAUCUGGAGGCUCGGCAACCUGGUGGAGCGGACUUGUUCAUCUGUUACGCUGGUGUUCAGAUGAGAGAGCCAGUCGCAGCAUUAGCUGACUGGGUGGUCUUUGAUUUUCAAGAGCUGAUCACUAAGUUGCCAUAAAUUGAUUACUUACCGCAAUUUAUGAACCUUGCAUUCUUGGUGCUGAGCGGCUGAAUAAUUGCGGCCACAUUUCAAGUUGUAGAUUUCACUAGUAAUUGUUGGAGUUCACUGAAUUAUCUUGUUGUAAAGUAUGUUUUUUUCUCAACUUUAUUUGCAUGAUCCUGAACCACAGAUGUGGUUGUUGUGUUCCGAAGUUGUCAGUGAAGUUGAAGUAUCCUCUAAGCAAUUGUUGAGUAGUAUAUGUUACAUCACAGUUUAAAUGCUGAAUGCAUGAAUUACGCCUUUGUUUUGGCAA